GGCCAAACAUGCUUUAUUACCACACUACGCAUCACUUCUAUCAGGAAGUCACCAAAUCAAAUCAAAUCAAAACCAAAAUCAACUUGAAAUCACAACAAAAAGCUUCCAUUUUUCCGAGCUCAGAAGACGGGGCUGAAGAGAGAAGGUGACGAAGUAGAAAAAGAUGGACGACUACGCUCGAGAAAUGAUGGAUUUAAAAACCCUAGUCACUCGUACUCUUGAGAAGAAAGGUGUUCUCGCUAAGAUCCGGGCUGAAUUAAGAGCGAGUGUGUUUGAGGCAAUCGAACAGGAGGAUAGAGUCAUCGAUAAUGAAGAAAGUUUACCUCCUGCACUUUUGGGUAGCUGCAAUGAUCGUGCAAAACAACUUCACAACUCUCCUUCAGGAAGGCUGCUAACUGCACUGAUAUGUGAAUAUUUGGACUGGGCUCAGUUAAACCACACACUAAAAGUUUAUCUGCCUGAGUGUAAUUUGCCAAAGGAAUCCUGGAAAUCUGAAUUAAAGGACUUUAGCAGCAAAAAUGGUUAUGACCUUAAUAGGAAUGGAGAUAGUGGUCCUUUACUUUUGGAUGUUCUUGAAGGAUUCUUGAAGUACGAGAAUUUAUCUCAGGGAAGGGGUAGCAAUAGGAGAUUAACCACCCCAGAUGCUGAAUCUCUAUCCAACUUGGAAGCCCGAAAUAUCAGGAGACCUUCUUCAUCAUCAGUUGCUGGGGGAAUACCUCCUUUGGGAAGGACUGUUCCUGUUUCCCAGUCAUCUGAUCGAAGAGCUGGAUCAUCCAUAUCUGGGUAUAGAAAAGAUGAUCAUAAUUGGAGAUUUGACAGCGAUGAGCUUCCAGAGGAUGUAGGACGUGCAUCAGCGGCCUUAGAAAACCUUCAGCUGGAUAGAAAAGCUCGAAAUUUGACCACCUCUUGGAGGCAUGCAGGGGAUGUAAUGUCGAAGGAUGAUAGCAGGAUAGACCAGAUGUAGCCAAAUGGUCUCUUGACUUAAUUCAUGUUUGGUUUUCUUCGCCCGACAGUAUGUUAUGUUACGUAAUGGGCAAAGAAUAUGUAAUACUGAAAAAUAUACUUCUUUUACCGUGUGUUAGUGAUUCUAUGAGCUCGGUUUGUUACUCUGAUUCGUGCUCUUCUCAUA